UUUUACAGUUAUUUUUUUGUCUUUGGUGUAUGUGUAAGUGCGUGUGCUGCCUUAGGAAACGAGGCGAAGACAUUUAUUAAAUCAUGGAUAUUCAAGAUAAUAUGGAGUGCUCAGCGGAAGGUGAACAAUUGAAAAGUGAGCUGGAUUCCAAAAUGGCAGCAUCUAAUUCAAAGUCUGACGGAGAACAUCUUGUGAGCGCUGCUGUACUAGCUCGCCAAUUAAAGGCUGGCACUCCUCUUGUAAAACUAUGCCAGGAUCCAAAGAAUGGAAAUGAGGCACUUGGCGCGGUUUCAGCAAAACGCCUCAAAAGUGGGCAGACAUCAUCGUCAGAUAGUGGCGAUCAGACUGAGCGCAAAUAUAUUGAGCUAUUGCCGCAAACCGUAAGGAAAUACAAUCAUCUAGAGGCGUGGCUAGGCACAUUGGAUUACCGCACCGUAAAGCCGGUGAUGAUGAUGAUGAGUGCGGAUGAAAAUAUGCAGGAGUCAGGCGAGUCCGGCUGCGUUGACAGCGAGUCUAAUGUAGCUCAGCGUUUGGCCCAAGAGCUGUGGGCCAUCGAUAGCGACGAGGAAGAGCCGGAACAGAUGACAGACUGCACAAAUCCAUUUCGUUUUCCCCUAACAGACAAUCAGCAGGCGGAGCAGAUCCUAAACACCGAAAACCUGAGCGCUGAGCGCCAGAUGAACAACUUUAUACAACUUAUUCAAUCGCGCGCGGCUGUGCCGGAAUAUGCGCUGUCAGAUGCCAUCUACUGCGUGGACAAGCCCAAGGAAGCCGCUGCCCUAGGCGCUGAGCUGCCCCUAGUGCCGAUAUCGGAGAGCUUUAAGAUUGGAGAUGUGCUCAAGCUUUUUGUAUCCGAGGUCUACAGUCCGUUUCAGUUCUGGUUUCAUGUUGUUGACGGCGACUAUGACAUGCAUAUGCUGGAACAGCUAAAUCACCAGAUAACCACUUUUUAUUCCACGCUGCGCGACACUGACUGGCAGCUGCCGAGCUACUUUAUGAAGCCCGGAUAUAUGUGCGCUGUGCUGCAUGAAUUUGCUUGGCGUCGCGGACGCAUUGUCAGCGAACCCUUGGCUGACGCUGACAAUGUAUCUGUUUAUUUGCUGGACUAUGGCAAGGGAGUGAAUGUUCAACACAAGGAAUUGUACUUUCUGCACGGCACCUUUAAAGAGCAGCCGGCUUUCUUGAUGCGCGGCACACUGACCGAUGUGUAUCCGUUGGAUUUGCAUUGGCCCGAAAAUGCGACAUCGAAGUUUAAGCAGCUGGUGCAUGCACGUGAGCUGCAUGCCGUUAUCAAGGAUAUUGAUAUUCAAGAUCGCAUACUCUUUGUAAAUCUGUUCAACAAGAGCAGCUCGGAGACGACGACCAUUAGCGAUUUGUUAAUCGAGGCCAAAAUGGCCGGGCGCAGUCACAAUUAUAGCGCCGAGUUGCGUGCCGCCAAUUGUGGUCGUCGCUUGCGCUAUCUGCGCGAGCGCCUGCCCACCUUUGAUAUGCUCGAGACGCAGGUGUUUCCCACGGCCACCGAUGACUUUGAGGAAAAGUUCGAUAAUAUCAUCUAUAUGCCGACAUUCUUUCAGCAAUUUCAGCCGCCACAGCUGACAAAUCCGUUUCUACGUGACCUGCAAGAGGCGCUGGCCAACUGGCUGGUCAAAUUCCAGCCCGAGGAGAUGGCUUGGCGCAAGCUGAACAAAGAGGCGCACAAAAAGCUAAAACAGGAGCAACAGAAACGUCUGCAACAGUUCUUAACCGAGCAUCCCAACUUUUUUAAUGAGCUGGCAGCCUAAUUAUUCAAGCGCAACAAAUCAAAAUGUGAUUGCUUACAUAGAGCUCAUAUAUGUUUCAUCUAAUCUCUAUAUAAGCAUCUAAUAUGGUGCACUAUCGACUUGACAGAACUCUAAAUUAUAUCUAUUGUAAACAGCCCGUUAAUGGGCUUGUCUUUCCAACUGACAACUGACAAACAUAUAUUUAAAAAACUAACAACACGUGAUCAUAUGUCAGACAUGACAUACCCAUGCUAAGCAUGGGUAAUGAUUUUUUUGACCAUUUUUUCGAAUAUAGAA